AUGGUAGAUCUUGUGAAUCUCAGAAAUCAGGGAGCUUUAGGCAUGGAAAAAUAUGGAAAAUUGAAAACGAGCCUUGAAAUAUUUCUAAUUUUAGAUUCUUUGAAACAUCCUCAACAAUUGAUAUUAAAGCCUCAUACCAUUGAUUAUUUAUUUACAAGGAACAAUCGAGAUGUAAACUAG